CGUCCCUCCCCCUCCCACAUUGUCUCCCUAGCGCGUUCUCUCUCUUCUCUCACUCCCCCUCUGUGCUCUCCCUAGCCCUCUCCCUCUUCCACCCUCCCUCCCAAAUUCUCAUCCUCUCCUUCCCACAUUCCCCCCCUCUCUCUCUCUCCCACAUUCCGCCCCCCCGCCACCCUUUCUCUCUCCUACCAUCCCACACCCCUCCGUCCCUCCCUCUCCCACAUUGUCUCCCUAGCGCGUUCUCUCUCUUCUCACUCUCCCUCUGUGCUCUCCCUCUCUCCCUAGCCCUCUCCCUCUUCCACCCUCCCUCCCACAUUCUCAUCCUCUCCUUCCCACAUUCCCCCCCUCUCUCUCUCACUCUCACACACACACACAAACACACACAUUCUCGCUCCCCGUAGCGCGCGCGCGCGCGCGCGCGCUCUCUCUCUCUCUCUCCCUCUCCCACACUCCCCCUCUCUCACUCCCUCCCACAUUCUCUCUGUCUUUUGCAGACAUUCUUUCUCCCUGCAGCUCCCUCUCUCUCCUCUCCCACAUUCCCUCUCUCUGUCUCGGUGUGAAAUGGCGGCGAUGAAGGUACUGACCGUUACCGGCCUGUUGCUGGCUCUCUGUGCUCUCGGCCUGCUCGCCAUGGCUAUCUGCACCGAUUACUGGUACGAGACCGAUGCCCGGCGGCACCGGGACCGCUGCAAGAACUACGCGAACAAGAGGAAUGAUCCCGGCUUCAUCUAUAUACCGAGCCAGAACCUACCCCUCCGCCAGGCUCCCCGGCAGCUGCUGGCCAGGGCCCGCAGCUACUUCCUCGCUUCAGCCCCGCUCGACUCUCACUGCAGCCGCCAGUUCAACUCCACCAUCCUGGGCCUCUGGAGAAAGUGUCAUCGCCAGGGUUUCGACCAGGACACCGAGGAGCUCAUCUUCAAAGGCGUUGUACAACGAUGUAUCCCUGUGAAAUAUCACUACUCCUCCUCAACAGUCCCACGAAACCUUCCGGUCAAUUUAACCAUGACCAUUCGGCAGGACGAAUGGCAUGCUUUACAUCUGCGACGGAUGACAGCAGGGUUUAUUGGAAUGGCAGUUUCUAUCAUUCUGUUUGGCUGGAUCAUUGGGAUUCUAGGCUGCUGUAAGGAUCGUGAUCUGAUGCAGUAUGUGGCUGGCCUGCUCUUUCUCAUGGGAGCAUCCCAACCAACUUGUAGAGUUAAAACAAACAGAAGACUCGUUUGUACCUUUAGUACAUGGUGUCUCCUCCCGUCCCAGAAGGUAACCAGCAGCAGAUUCGAAGGAAAGUGCUGAGGUGAGCAAAUGUGGGAAGGUUAAAGGCACCUGUUUUUUCAGCUAGACUCUACUUUGUAAAGUGGCUGUGACUGGCUGUGUAUUGCCUCUGCAUCCAUUUUUAUAAAACAAUUAAACAUUUUUCAAUUGUACAGAAUGUCACUGCUGUAAAUUGCUUUGAAUGCGAUUGAACUUGUAUUUCUUCCCUUUUUUGGUUGAAUCUUCAAAACUGGUGCAAGCAACUAUUUCCAUCCUAUUAUUGGAAAUGCAUUUUAUAAUGUAACUGAUAGAGACAAAAACAAGGCAAUAGACAGAUUUCUGGGCAACAUCUCUUCCCACUCCCUGUGGAACCAGAGAUAGUUCAAUGCGUCCAGGUCAAGUGACUGUGGAGUUUAUACAAUGCAUUAUCCCAGGAAGAGACAAAGACCUGUAGUCUUCCAGGUUACAGUCUCAGUCUGUCUUGAUUAUCAGUCAGUAUGCCAGGUAUUUAAUUCUGUACCAUUACAUACCGCUAAGGGUUGCUGAUUCUAACUGUAGCUACCGCACUGGCAACGGCCAACAACUUCAAGGUAGCAGAGAUUCAGAGAUAUCAGAGCACGCAGAAGACCAGUACUGUCCAACAGAAAACACUGAUUCAUCAAAAUCUGCUAGAACAGUUCAGCUGAAAUGUCUCACAUAUACUUUGCCCAAUUUAGGUAAGCAUACACCCUGUGCACAUUCAGCUAGUUAAAUGUCCCACUGUUCACUGACCAAGACACAGAAGGAAUAAAUCAAAAACCAUACACGCCACUUUUUUCACAGUAUGAAUUUGAUCAAGAAACAGACGUUCACAGUGUGAAUCUAAAUAUAGAAAUCACAGCCUCUACAGUGAAAUCUAUUACACCUUUUUAUUUACCAAGUAGAAAUACACAGCUAGAUUCCCUAUUUUUAAAGAUUAGAGUCAGUGUGGUCAUUCCUGGUGAAUAAAUGUGAUGGCACUGAGGGCUGGCAGGUACUGCUCCUUACCAAUGCUCAAUUUUAAGUCAUAGAAUCCAUACAGUGUGGAAGCAGGCUGUUUGGCUCAUCAAGUCCACACCACCCCUGUGGAGAGUAUCCCAUCCAGACUCCUACCCUAUGCCUGUAUUUUUCCUAUGGCUAAUCCACCUAGCCUACACAUCGCUGGACACUACGGGCAAUUUAGUAUGGCUUUGGACUAUGUGAGGAAACCAGAGCAUCCGGAGGAAACCCAUGCAGACACAGGGAGAACGUGCAAACUCUACACAUUCACUCGAGGCUGGAAUCGAACCUGAGGCACCAGUCUUAACCACUGAGGCACCGUAGCACCCAAAGUCACACCAGUGAGGAGCAGUGAUCAGCAGAUCAGCCCUUCCCAAACUUGUCCAUCGGUGUGGAGCAGCACCGGCUGAAAUUUGGUUGGGGGAAAUGAGUGAGAGUAGAUAAAAAUGGUGUGUAGAAGGUUGUGAAUGACUAAUAGUAAGCACCAGGGGAACAAUGCGGCAGUGGUUUGGGGGUGUGGGAGGUGGGGUGCGUGGUUGGGCAUCAUCUUGUUGAGGUAUGGUUUAUUUACUGGAUUGAGUUUAUCUCCUGCCUAUAUUAAAACCCACAGGCUCUUUCAAAUAUUUUCAAAAACGUUACUUUAGAAUUAAACUAAUGCCCCUCUUGAUGUAUAUUAAAUCAUGCAGGAAAAUUAACUUACGACGGUUCAGAGUUGUGCCUGGUCUGAUUCAAACCAACCAAGCAAACUCCAAACAAUGAAGUAUCUCACACUAAUGGUCUGGGAGUGGAGUUCAGCUUUUUCAGUUAGAUCCCAUAAACAACCCUGAUUGAGCUUGAUAACAGAAGUGAUGAGGACGUGUUUCACGCUGAUUCAUUUCAGGGGCAUUCCUAUUGCAACCACCACCCCUCCAUCCAAACAGCACUGACCCAUGGUUCAGACAGUGAAAGGGAAGGCUGUGAGGUGAAGAACUAGGCCACUCAAUGCAUCAAUCUCACUUCAUUCACAUUUGUGGUGGGAUCAGACCCAAUACCUUGCCUUGAUCUUCUAAAGAGCUCCUAGCUUCUCCUCUCCUGUGCUUUUACUGGCAUGACCACCACAGAUUCGCAGUCAUUGAUUCAACUCCCUAUUUUUCCCAAGCAUCAUGUGAAAUGAUUGCACCAUUCCCUGACCUCUGUCUCACCAAUGUACUGUGCUCAUUGUGUCACAUCAUUCUGAAAGAAGCAUGCAGGUCUGGGAUGUAUCAAAAUCAAGUGCAGUACUAUCUGUUUACAGUACAUUUGUAAAAUAUUGUGAUGUCCAUUUUUGAUGUAUGUUUAUAGCCAAGGAUUGAUGGAAUAAACUGAUCUGAUCAGGGAGUGAGUGUUUGAGAUCGUAAUAUAUACACUGAGCAUUCAGUUGGUCAAUAAUUAAAAAGAUGUAAAACCAUGGAACACCAGCGUGUGCUAUUUUGUUUGAAGUUGUUUCUUGUGUACAGUGUAUUGGAGACCUUGCCUGGGGGUUUAUUACUAUCAUCCCCUAACUGGAAAAAAUGAUAAGACCCCUCUGGACACUUGUACAUAUUAGCCAGUCCCCAAUCCCACACCUGGCUCAGCUACUUCAUGAACACAGUAGAAGCAAUCACUCCAUUGAAUCCAGCUCCAGGGAUCAUACAGGAGUGGUACCAACAAGGGGCCUGGCUCCUAGGCAUAGUAUUGGAGGUUGGCCU